AUGGUAAAGGCAACAGAAGCAGGCAGCAGGAGCCCCGCCCACAGAAGCAGGCAACAGGAGCCCCGCCCACAGAAGCAGGCAACAGGAGCCCCGCCCACAGAAGCAGGCAGCAGGAGCCCCGCCCACAGAAGCAGGCAGCAGGAGCCCCCGCUCACAGAAGCAGGCAGCAGGAGCCCCCCCUCACAGAAGCAGGCAACAGGAGCCCCGCCCACAGAAGCAGGCAGCAGGAGCCCCCGCUCACAGAAGCAGGCAGCAGGAGCCCCGCCCACAGAAGCAGGCAGCAGGAGCCCCGCCCACAGAAACAGGCAGCAGGAGCCCCGCCCACAGAAGCAGGUAGCAGGAGCCCCGCCCACAGAAGCAGGCAACGGGAGCCCCGCCCACAGAAGCAGGCAACGGGAGCCCCGCCCACAGAAGCAGGCAGCAGGAGCCCCGCCCACAGAAGCAGGCAGCAGGAGCCCCGCCCACAGAAGCAGGCAACGGGAGCCCCGCCCACAGAAGCAGGCAGCAGGAGCCCCGCCCACAGAAGCAGGCAGCAGGAGCCCCGCCCACAGAAGCAGGCAACAGCCUGCCUGCCCAAUUAUUGCUCCACAUCCUUAUGAUACCUGGCUUGGCACCGUGGGAGGGGGGGGGUUAUCCACCAGGAGGAUCACUGUAAUGUGA